AUGCAGACUGAGGCUCUCGUCAUGUGCUUUGUAUUCAAACAUCAAGCGAUCGCAGUCGCCGCGAACAUUCAUAUAUUCCCAAUCGGAGUCAAGCCCUUCCUAUAUUUCCUUGUUCUCAUCAUCCCGUUUGCUGUUGGCGGCGUCUUCAAGUAUGUUAGUCUGAGUGACGAGGAUCAGUGGACGUAUAUCUCACAAGUUCUGGCAUGAUUAUCAUUCUCUCUCUCAAAUAUCAUCGAUUCAGAGUUAUCAAGAGUAUUAUUCGAGUUUUCAACAACUGCCCAACUUUGUACUCUAUCGAAAAUCUACGGUAUUCAUAUUUACGGCCGCACUGGUUUUUUGUACAGGGCUUCUCGUCAUCGCUUCAAUAAUAGUUAUGACUUUUGAUAUGUUCAACAUGAUGCGCCUUCUUAAAACAAAAAUAUCCUUGGCCAAAUAUCAUAAGCAUCAGCACGCGAUCAGAAGUCUUCUCGUACAGACCGCAACAUCUCUCCUAUGCAUUCUACCACCCGCUUCUUUCAUAAUCAUCAUAUUUCUGGACUUUCCAAGCGUGCAGCGUAAACAAAUCGCUUCUCAUUUCCGUCAACAACAAAAAAAACCGAUUAUUUCAGUGAUCGGAGAUCUGUGCAUUGCCUGGAUAACCACUCAUUCGUCGAUCAGUGUCAUUUGUCUCAUGAUAUUCUUUCCGCCGUUUAAAAUGUUCAUUGUUCGAUUUUUCAAGCGUUUCGGAAGAGAUCUUCGAACAGUCUCAGCUCCUUUAUCAAUCAUUGUCAUUACUUGACGAGCUAUUUUUAUUUUUUUUUAGCGGAUAUUAGCUCUUCUUUCGCCAAAAUGAAUUUCCUCUGUCUCUCUCUCGGCUCAUUCAGUCCUUCCAAAUGUACAUCCACUGGAGCCAUUACUAUCUGCCAAAGGCCUUCUGUCUCCUCUCCUUCGUCGCCAAUCCCAUUUUCGUCUAUUUAAUUGUCACCGAAAAAAAGACGUCCGCCAUUGGAAACUAUCGAUUUCUUUUCCUGUUUUUCGCCAUUUUCGAUAUGACCUAUUCGACUGUCGAAUUGUUGGUUCCGGUGGUAAAACGAGGGUGUCGGAGAGCUGUAGACUGUUUUGUGUUUGAGGGUAUUCACGGGACCGGAGCAGCGUUCAUCGUCUAUCUAACCGACGGCCCGUUCUACGGGGAAGAUGUGUGUUUUUACUUUUUCCAGGUUGCCUUUAAAGGACCAGGGAACGCUCGGAGUUUAUGUGUCCGACUGAAUUGCUUCUUAUUGCCACAUUCACUGUCCGAGCCCCAACUUUCAGAAAUCAGCUGUGAAUGGAACAGCGCUUAGUCAAAGCUGUGGCCGUGGCCGAGAAAAGUUCUAGGCCUUGUGUGUGUGUGUGUGUGAGAAAAGUUCUAGGCCCUCUCUUCCGGAUUUUUUUUUUUUGAAGAAAAAAUAACUUUAAAGCAGACUUGCUAAAUUACGGGCCGGGCCGGAGAAGUGCCGACCCGGCCCGGUCGGCCCGGCUCAAAAGGCGCGAAUUCAAAUUUUUGGGGAAAAUCUAUUUUUUCGUUUUUUUUUUGCGGGGAUCAAAAUUAAAACUUUUGCUUUGAUGCCAAUAAAAACUAUUUUUGAGAACUACAUUUCUUUUUUAUGCUCGAUACUUGCAAAAUUCGUUAGUUUUACGAAAAACAAACAUUUUAUUUAAUCAAUAGUUCAAAAUUUGGAUUCCCGCUUUUUGAACAGGCCGUGGCCGAGAAAAGUUCUAGGCCUUGUGAUCUUUUCCGGAUUUUUUUUUUUGAAAAAAAAAGAACUUUAAAGACCCAGGGAACCCUCAAAUUUUCUGAUUUUUUUGUGUCUGUUUGAAUUGUCUCUUAUUGCCUCGUACACUGGUGAAAUGCUGACUCUCAGAAAUGCCAAUGAACGAAACGGCGUGCAGUUGAAGUUGUGGCCGUGGCCUAGAAAACUCCGGUGUGAAAACUCUUCCCUGUGAGCAGUUUGAUGCUCUUGCACUAUCUAUGUAUGGGCUGCUGAUUUGUGUGAAUGUUUUGCAACGUAUGAAGAUUGUGCCGAACGCAAAAAAAAAUCCGAAAAAGAUCACAAGGCCUAGAACUUUUCUCGGCCACGGCCACAGCUUUGACUAAGCGCUGUUCCAUUCACAGCUGAUUUCUGAAAGUUGGGGCUCGGACAGUGAAUGUGGCAAUAAGAAGCAAUUCAGUCGGACACAUAAACUCGGAGCGUUCCCUGGUCCUCUAAACUAUUAAAAAUUCAUGCGAAUACCCCUCAGAGACUGCGCCUCGGGCAACUGGCAAUCUCCAUUCGUUGCGGCUGCAUUUCGCUCUCCUACGGCAUUCUCGUCGUUCAUUUUGUCUACAGAUACAUUGCUCUGUUUCAGUGAGUUUGUACGUGACCAACCAUAAAACUGGCCACUUCCUUUCCAGCCCUCACUUUGUUUACAAAGUUUUGCAGCCGAGAGGAAUUGCCGGCAUUCUCCUCUUCUUUUUCGCGCACGGAGUUGUUUGGACCGCAGUCUGCGAGCUGUUCCUGUACGGAGACCGAGAAAUGAGCGAGUACGUUCGGAAGGCGUUCGACGACGAGUACGGUGUCGAUUCGGAUGAGAUCGCGAUCUUGGGAGCAACUUAUUUGGUAUGUCCAGUGGUUGGUUCGCAGCCCCGUCCGUGUAAUUGGAAACAAGGUUCAGGAAGGAAGUGACGAGUUGAGGAAGAGAAGUUGGGCAGGAAUUCUCAUUCUCACAGGAAUCUCAACGUACGCCGUGUCGGUGUACGUGGCGCUGGGGUUCAAGGUGCGAGGUUCUCUGUUCAUUCAAUGUCCGCUAAGCGGUCAUUCAGAUAGUGCGGAAGCUUCAAAACAACCCGGCUCUCUCGAAUAUCACCCGCAACAUGCACAAACAGUUGUUCAAAGCGCUCGCCGUCCAGACGUUCAUCCCCAUUUGCAUCAGUUUCUCGCCGUGCAUGGUCGCCUGGUACGGACCCCUCCUAUCCCUGAAUCUUGGAAUGUGGAACAACUAUUUGGGAGUGAUUGCGCUGUCCGCGUUCCCGUUCCUCGACCCGCUGGCCAUCAUAGUCUUGCUGCACAACUACCGGAACCGUCUGAUGGGUGCUGUGCCUUGGCGACCGUCCACACUUGGAACCUCAUCUUUUAGGCACACAGCCUCGAUGCUUUAG